CGAGUCGAGGUCGGAGUGCACAUCGAUAAACAUGCAAUAUAUAUACACAUACAUAUAUAUACAUUUGCGUGAAGAAUAUCGGGUCGCUCUCUCUCUUGACCAUAAGAGACUGGGGUAUCAACAGAGCAGUGACGUCGCUGAUUAACUGUCUUCAUUAAACUGAAAACAAACAGUUACCAACUCGUAGAAAAACAAGCAUCGCUCUUAUAAACACUGAGCGGAUCGAGGCGAGUUCAGUCGACGCGGAUCCUCGGAAGUGAGCUGAGUGACGACGUCGAGCUCUUCCUUCCUCGAAAGAUGGGUCCGACCGCAGUGGUUCUGUGGAUGGUCGCAGGGACGGUGCGGGCACUUGGCCCCCAAAGGGUGGACAGCCUUUAUGACGAGCACUAUCCACCUAUCCACCCUAACUGUACACAGAGCCUCACAGACCUCCUUCUGCUGCGCCAAGAAGCCAAACUGUCGGAGCUCACGUUGGCAGAGCAGACGUCAACGGAAGUCCUGAAGGAGGCGGUGCACCUUCUGGCUGACAUCAGGAACUCCUUGACCUUCGAUCAAGGUGCGGGAGGCGCCGUUUCGAGUCGUGGAAGACCAACUCCAGCCACAGCCCGGGCCAAGAAUGUAUGGGUAGGCGGUUACGACCAGAUUGAGGAAGGAAAAUGGAUAUGGAUCACGAAAGAAGCAAUGCCUAAGGGAACGCCUUACUGGGGUGCGAUUGGUUUCGGCCGAGAACCCCGGGGCGGAGCAGGGGAGAACUGCGCCCUGCUGUACGGCACGGAUGAUUUUAUGAUCCAUGACGCGCCCUGUUCGUGGAGCUGCAAACCCCUCUGUCAGAUCACGCACUCAUAAGCAUACUCUGGCUUCCAUCAAUCUUGUUCAUGAGUUAGCCAAGGAAGCCUAUGUUGAGCCAUGCACAGGGCGACGAGGAGACGCUCACCCACCGAGGUUUCAGCGAGUGAUACUCGUCCUCAGAUUCAUUUUUGUUGAAGCGCUGUCGCCGCUGAUUCUUCAAGAGGAAGGUUUGAAUUGAAAAGUCUGCAUAGUCAGUAACUUUAGAGAUGUUUAAAGUAAAAUAUAGAGAUUUUACGAAACAUAUAACAAUCACCCCGUAGAAAUGUGUCUGUAUGAUUAUUUUGAUAAAGCUUGAUAAGCAUCAUAAUUGAACUACUGUGGUUAUAUUUGUCAAAUAUUUUCUUGUACAUCCCCGUGGUGUUUGUGAAUUUCUAUUGAAAGUGUCAUCAACAGCUUUACAUACAGCAUUGAUAUUACUGAACACCACAUGCCAACAAUUCCACAAGCUAAUAUAAUGUAUUGGAAACAAAUAAAUGUAAACUAAAAUGAGUAAUAGCAAUAAAGCAUUCAAUCCUCAAA